GUUGGAUGGUUACCUUUGCUGGGCUAGGAAUAUCAUCCCAAGUUUUAUUUUGCGGGCUCGGGUUAUAAGCACAGAUGAACAUGAUCUCAUACCUGUGACUUGAAGGAUCUAGCGAAAAAAAUUUUGAUCAACCUUUGAUUGAUUUUCAAAGGAUCUCACUUAUUUUGAUUCGUUUGGGUAUGGUAAAUGUGCUAACUAGAACAAUUGCACAUCUUGUUAAAGAAGAUCAGGAUAUAGACGGUAUUCAUGAAUUGAAUCACAAGUAUAAAGAUGCUCACUUUUCACUCAACUCUUCAAAAUCCAGAUAUGCCUUUUAUUCCAUAAAAUCAAACUUUCAAGUCGAGAAAAAUUAACAAUGGUUCUUUUAUCCAAAAUCACACUCAUUCAAUCUAUUGCUUCAUUGGUUUUAACUGCUCCAGUUUCAAAUACCAACACUACUGGAAAUGCUUUGGGUAAAAGUAAACUUGGAUCAUCACCUUUCAGCUUUGGAAGUGUUGAUUUAGACAAAUUUUCAGCUAAUUCUACUGAUGCAUUCUUCUUUGGAGAAGUUUCACCAGGCUCAAAAGAAGUCAAAAGAGAAGAUGUGAAAGCUUGUUACACAGCAGGUGAUAGAGCUGAUGACUGUAUGGUUAGUGUUGCUGCUGUUUUGAACACCGCAGCAAGCUUUGCUGAUUUGAUUUUUAAAGCUAAAGGAGGUUGUAAAGGUACCAAUGGCCAUGUUGAAGAAAUUGAUGCUGAUGGACGUCAAGUUUACUUGAAAUAUGAAGCUGCAGGCGAAAGUUGCAAAACUACUGCACGUCGUUCUACUAUUGAAGGGGCUGUUGAAAAAUGGAUUAACAAACAAAAUGAUGGUAAAAUUUGUCAGUUCCAAUGUAUUGAGUUGUCUCAUGGUGGUCAUUGGAGAGGUUAUGUUGGUUUUGGUACAAACCAAAAUGCGGUCAAGUAUACCAAAUGUGACUCAAGUACUGGUGGAUAUGCUUAUGCUUGUGAAAAGGGUGGUGUUAAUGAUCGUUCGAAAAGAAGUGCUAUCAUUGACUUGAUCUAGUUUAAUAAUAUUUAAAAUGCAAGUUUGUUCUUGUCGAUAAUAUAUUUGUAGCUGGUGAAACCCCCUGUCACCGUUGACAAAGCCAAGACGAGAUCUUACAAUAUUUCGAACGGACAUUAGCUAAAAAAUGCACGAUCUUGAUAGAGUUAUGAUUAUAUCAAAAACUAACCCUGAUAGACCUCAAAACAAUUUUUACCCAAAU